AUGCCGUCGCUCUUUCGAUCGCUGUCGCAGCGAUUUCGCCGAUCGCCACCUAGUCAGUGCGAGGUUAAACGUAAUGACAGCUCGUCCAAAAUUGACAACCGUCGACAAGCCAGCUGCAAGGUGCUCCUACUGGAUGGCACUGAUCUCAACGUUGUCGUACCGAAAAACGCCUACGGAUCGGAAGUUUACGACCAGGUGUUCUACUCUCUGGAUCUUGAAGAGAGGGACUACUUCGGCCUGCAGUUCACCGAUCACUAUCAUGUCCAUCAUUGGCUCGAUCCUAUGAAGAAAAUUGUCAAACAGGUCCCCAUAGGACCGCCAUACACCUUUCGUUUUCGGGUGAAAUUCUACACGAACGAGCCAAGCAACCUCAAAGAGGAACUUACGAGGUAUCAGUUCUUUCUUCAAGUCAAACAAGACAUACUGUCCGGUCGACUUCCUUGCUCUAAGGAAGUUGCUGUGGAAUUGGCUGCCUACGCACUACAGUCAGAACUGGGCGAUUAUAAUCCGAAUGAACACAGCGCGUUGUUUAUCUCGCAGUUUCGUUUCCAUCCUGAGCAAGAUGCUCAGAUGGAGUUGGAUAUCUUAGAGCGGUACAAACUGUGCAGAGGUCAAACUCCAUCCCAGUCCGAGGCUAACUACCUCAGCAGAGCCAAGUGGAUCGAGAGGUAUGGAGUCGAUAUGCACACUGUGGAAGGAAAGGAUGGAAAUCAAUAUACACUUGGCUUGACCCCAUCAGGAAUGCUUGUUUUUGAUGGCAGCGAGAAAAUUGGUCUCUUCUUCUGGGAGAAAAUUCAAAAAUUGGACUUCAAGAAUCGUAAAAUAACUUUAGUAGUCGAAGAAGAUGCAGAUCAGUCCGCAACCGGCCAGGUGCAGCUGCAUACGUUUGUCUUCAAUCUGGCUUCUCAUAAGGCUUGCAAACAUUUGUGGAAAUGUGCAAUUGAGCAUCACACUUUCUUCCGGUUGAAGACUCGUUCUUGUGUGAAACAUUCGCGUUCGCAGCUUUUCCGACUGGGCAGCACUUUCAAGUAUAGAGGCCGGACCGAAUAUGAAGCCGUUCAUAAAGAUGGUGCACGUCUGUCUCGCAGAACAACCGCAACAUUCGAGAGGAGACCAAGUCAGCGAUAUGGACCUCGGCAGAGUCAUGCUUUCAAUAAAGCGCAGAUCAAGCCCGAGGUGACCCUUUGUCAUUUUUUUUACCUACACUUUUUUCUUGGACGCAUGACUCCUUCUCCUCCCUUAGAGAAGGUUACUACGCAGUUUUCUGAGCCGACAGAAACAAUCCAAUCGAAGCAGCAUCCUGCCACAAGCAGAAUUCCAAAAUAUGUCUCAAGCAGCGCCUGCAGAGUAAGCUAUCAUAAUAACUAUUUUUGCUAA